AUGUCAAGCGAGAAGUUCACCGUUACUGAGCAUCUUGUCCCGGGCAGUCAUAUUAGAGAAUACCCAGGGAGCACCGUCACGCAGGAAGAUGUACUGAAACUUCAUGUCAGACAAUAUACCCCCCAACACGAAGGUCCCAUUCCAGCGGAUGCAAUUACUUUCAUUGCCGCUCAUGGAGUCGGUCUACCGAAGGAACUGUACGAACCGCUGUGGGACGAGCUGCUGGAACAAGCUAAUGGCUUCCACAUUCGAGGCAUCUGGGUGGCCGACGUCGCCAGUAUGAACCAGAGCGGGAUCCAGAAUGAGGACAAGCUCAGUAUGGAUUGUUCUUGGAUGGAUCACGCGCGGGACCUAUUCUUGAUGAUCAACCAUUUUCGUGAGCAGAUGCCACGUCCUCUCGUCGGAAUUGGCCAUAGCUUUGGCGGGAAUAUCAUCACAAAUCUUGCCUAUCUACAUCCGCGCCUAUUCACAACCCUCCUCCUUAUCGAUCCACUCAUUCAGCUAAGCCCUCCCUCGAUGGGCUUCGGCACCGACCCUCCAGGCCCGAUAAACUACACUCUCUGGCGAAAUGACGUCUGGCCCAGUCGCGAGGCAGCCAUACGUGCCAACCGUGGCCUCAUCCACGGCUGGGAUCCUCGGUGCGUGGAUCGUAUGGCAAAAUACUUUUUUCGCGAACUACCGACACCACUGUAUCCGGAUGUCGAGGCCGUUAAGGCGCGCUUUGAUGCGGCCACCGACACUACUGCCACUCCGGUCACCCUAGCGACGCCCAAGUACCACGAGCUUAUAGCGCAAAUACGGCAGAACUUCAACGCCCGGUCCCCGACCACGGGCCGGAUCGAAAUCCCGCGAGCCACUCAUGCCGAUAUGGAUCCAUUGGUAGCGUAUAUUCCUUUAUACCGGCCAGAACCUCGAAGUACCUUCCGCCGCUUAGAGACACUCCGACCGUCAUGCCUGUGGAUUGUGGGCGGGGCGACGUUUUUGAAUGUCGAUGAGAUUCAUGAAGGUGUCAAGAUAUGCGGGUCAGGCAUCGGCGGGAGUGGAGGUGUGUCUGAGGGAAGAGUUAAAGAGGUUAUCUUACCUGGAUUGGGGCAUUUGAUGCCAUUCCAGGAGAUCAAGACUGUUGCAGGGACAUGUGUGGCCUGGUUACAGCAGGAGAUGGAUCGAUUCCGGCGGAUGGAGAGAGAGUGGGAAGAACAGAGGAAAGGCAAGAGUCAUCUAGUGCUAGAGGAGAACUGGUAUAAGGUCUUAAAACCAGUGCCUAGUGGACGUGGCAAGGGCGGCAGAAAGGAAAAGUUGUAG